UGUGCGCGCCUGAGAUCCCCUCCGGCACCGUGCCGCGCGCGUUUAAGCGGGUUUGACAUCUAUCACGUGGAGCGCUGAUAGGCUCGGCCCUCCAAGGCACGAGCGCAGCGGAGGAGAGACGAACAGGCAGCACAGGAAGAAAGCAGCGGAGGAGGAGGUGGAAGGAGAAGCGAAUCCCAUCCCCUCAGAACGCAUAUGAGCGGAGUCAGGGCAGCGAGGCACGACUCCUUCUUCCCCUGAUUCGGUUUCUUUCUCUCCCCGGAGCGCACUGAGAGGCUCUCCGCCGACCAUGGAGGAUGUGUACCCGUACAGCAGGAGCCCUGUCUGGGAGGAACUGGAGCCGGAAAAAGGGCCGGCGUCCGCGGCAGGAAUCCAUGCCCAUGUGGUGGGGGCUGUCGCCGGCUCUGGGGCUGCGGACGAGUCCUCUGACAGCGACGCGGAGCAAGAAGGCCCCCAGAAACUCAUCCGCAAAGUGUCCACCUCUGGACAGAUCAGGAGCAAGACGAGCAUAAAGGAGGGAUUGUUGCUGAAACAGACCAGCUCCUUCCAGAGGUGGAAAAAACGCUACUUCAAACUGAGAGGCCGAACUCUCUACUACGCCAAAGAUGCCAAGUCCCUUAUCUUUGACGAGGUGGACCUGUCAGACGCCAGUGUUGCAGAGUCCAGCACAAAGAAUGUCAACAACAGCUUCACCGUGAUCACUCCGUUCCGUAGGCUCAUCCUCUGCGCCGAGAACAGGAAAGAGAUGGAGGACUGGAUCAGCUCGCUCAAGUCCGUCCAGUCCAGGGAGCACUACGAGACGGCACAGUUUAAUGUGGAACAUUUCUCAGGGAUGCACAACUGGUACGCCUGCUCCCAUGCACGGCCCACCUUCUGCAACGUCUGUAAAGAUAGUUUAUCUGGGGUCACGUCCCACGGCCUCUCCUGUGAAGUGUGCAAGUUCAAAGCGCACAAACGCUGUGCAGUCAGAGCCACUAACAACUGUAAAUGGACCACGCUGGCCUCCAUAGGGAAGGAUAUCAUCGAGGACGAGGAUGGGAUCGCGAUGCCUCAUCAGUGGUUGGAAGGUAACCUGCCUGUCAGUGCCAAGUGUGCCGUGUGUGAUAAAACGUGCGGCAGUGUGCUCAGGCUGCAGGACUGGCGCUGCCUCUGGUGCAAAGCUAUGGUGCACACAGCCUGUAUGGAUCUGUACCCUCGAAAGUGUCCUCUCGGUCAGUGCAAAGUCUCCAUCAUCCCCCCCACCGCGCUCAACAGCAUCGACUCAGACGGCUUUUGGAAAGCCACCUGCCCCCCGUCCUGUGCCAGCCCCCUACUCGUCUUUGUCAACUCCAAAAGUGGAGACAACCAGGGAGUGAAGUUCCUGCGACGCUUCAAGCAGCUCCUCAACCCGGCUCAGGUCUUUGACCUGGUCAACGGGGGGCCUCAUCUCGGUCUGCGCCUCUUUCAGAAGUUUGAUAACUUCCGGAUCCUGGUGUGUGGAGGCGAUGGGAGUGUGGGCUGGGUCCUUUCGGAGAUCGACAAACUCAACCUUCAUAAACAGUGCCAGCUGGGGGUCUUGCCUCUGGGCACAGGGAACGACCUGGCCCGGGUGCUGGGAUGGGGCCCGUCCUGCGACGAUGACACCCAGCUACCACAGAUCCUGGAGAAGCUGGAGAGGGCCAGCACCAAGAUGUUGGACCGCUGGAGCAUCAUGACCUACGAGAUUAAGAUCCCACCCAAACACAGCUGCCCCAACACGCCUGAGGGAGCCGACGACUGCCAGCUUCACAUCGCAGCCUAUGAAGACUCAGUGGCUGCUCACCUCACAAAGAUCCUAAACUCAGAGCAGCACUCUGUGGUCAUCUCCUCUGCCAAGAUCCUGUGUGAAACAGUGAAGGAUUUUGUUGCCAAAGUGGGGAAAGUGUACGAGAAAAGUACGGAGAACGUGGACGAGUGCGACACCAUGUCUCUCAAAUGUGCCAUCCUGAACGAGAAGAUGGACUCGCUCCUGCAGACCCUCAACGCAGAGUGCCAGGCUCUGCCCCCGCUUCCACACUCCACCCCUCCUAUAGUGGAGGAGGAGCAGGAGGAGGAGGAGGACGAGGAAGAGGAGGAGGCCAGCGAGGAGAGCCUGACGGAGCUGAAGGAGAAGCUGGAGGAGGAGGAGACGGAGAAAGGAGGAGGAGGAGGACGCUCACAGCACCAGCUGUUCAAAAGCAGGGAGCAGCUGAUGCUCCGGGCCAACAGUCUGAAGAAGGCUGUGAGGCAGAUCAUCGAGCAGGCCGAGAGAGUGGUUGACGAGCAGAACUCGCACACAGACGACACCGAGCUGCCGUCUCCCAUCGAGUUCAGGAAGGACAGCGAGGAGGAGAAUCGAGACAACGAGAGGGACGAGGACACGAAGGAGCUCGAAGCACUGCCAUCUUCAAAGAGUCCCUGUUCUCUGACGGAGAGGAGGGUGAGCCGCAGCACACAGUCCUGCGGCUCUUUCACCAUCACCCCCUUCACCACCAGCAAGGAGAACUUGCCUGUGCUCAACACACGCAUCAUCUGCCCUGGUUUGCGAGCAGGUCUGGCUGCCUCCAUCGCCGGCAGCUCCAUCAUUAGCAAGAUGCUGCUCGCUAACAUCGACCCCUUUGGUGCCACGCCCUUCAUCGACCCCGACCUCGACUCACUAGAGGGCUACAUGGAGAAGUGCGUGAUGAACAACUACUUCGGCAUCGGCCUGGAUGCAAAGAUCUCGCUGGAGUUCAACAACAAGCGGGAGGAGCAUCCAGAGAAAUGCAGGAGUCGCACCAAGAACAUGAUGUGGUACGGGGUUCUGGGCACGAAGGAGCUUCUGCAGAGAACCUACAAGAACCUGGAGCAGAAGGUCCAGCUCGAGUGUGACGGUCAGUACAUCCCGCUGCCCAGCCUUCAGGGGAUCGCGGUGUUAAACAUUCCUAGCUACGCGGGCGGGACCAACUUCUGGGGCGGCACCAAGGAGGAUGAUAUCUUCUGUGCUCCUUCCUUCGAUGAUAAGAUCCUUGAGGUGGUGGCUGUGUUCGGGAGCAUGCAGAUGGCCGUGUCCAGAGUCAUCAAGCUGCAACACCACCGCAUAGCACAGUGUCGGACAGUGAAGAUCACCAUCCUAGGCGACGAGGGAGUCCCCAUUCAGGUGGACGGGGAGGCCUGGAUCCAACCACCCGGAGUCAUCAAGAUCCAGCACAAGAACAGAGCGCAGAUGCUCACCAGAGACCGGGCGUUCGAGAACACGCUGAAGUCGUGGGAGGACAAGCUGAAGUAUGACAAGCCUCCUCUGCGGCCUCACCUCUACCCGCAGCAGUCCGUGGACCUGGCUACAGAGGAGGAGGCCGGCCUGGUGCAGAUGUGCGCCCGUGCUGCAGAGGAGCUCAUCACAAGGAUCUGUGAGGCUGCAAAGACCUACGGGCUGUUAGAGCAGGAGCUGGCUCAUGCUGUUAACGCUGCAUCCCACGCCAUCAACAAAACACAUCCCAAGUUCCCCGAGAAUCUGACCAGAAACACGGCUAUAGAGGUGGCGAGCACUGUGAAGGCUCUGUACAACGAGACCGAGUCCCUGCUGGUGGGCCGAGUCUCUCUGCAACUGGACCCCCCCGAGGAGGAGCAGCUGUCCAAUGCUCUGCAGAGUAUGGAGCUGGAACUGGGCAAACUGGGAGAGAUCCCCUGGCUCUAUCACAUCCUGCAGCCCAACGACGAGGAGGACCACUCUCUGGGUUACGGCAAGAGGAACAGUCGCAGCAGCAUGUUUCGCAUAGUGCCCAAGUUCAAGAAGGAGAAGGCGGCCAAGAAGACGAGCCCUCAGUCAGUGGAGAGAUGGGGCACAGAGGAAGUGGGCGUCUGGCUGGAACAGCUGAGUCUCGGGGAGUACAGAGACAACUUCAUCCGGCACGACAUCCGCGGCUCGGAGCUGCUGCACCUGGAGAGGAGGGACCUGAAGGAUCUGGGGAUAUCGAAAGUGGGUCAUAUGAAGAGAAUUCUCCAGGGAACUAAGGACCUGGCCAAGGCCUCCAUGGUUGAUCUCUAAUCCAGAUGCAGACGCAUUUGGAGAGGAGAAUCAGACCCCCCCCCCCCCCCUCCUCACAUCAGUUUGGGAGCCCCGUGUGCAGUGAAGGAGACGACGAGAGCUGGAAAUGAACGGCUCUGCUGACGCUCGUUUGUUCUUUGGUGCCAAAACGACUGUUUGAAGAAAGCCGACGGAAGUGCAAAAGGAAGUCAUGGAUCUUCACAACAACAAAAAAAAAGAAGCCAUUUCUGAGUCAAUAACCAUUCAUAGCACACAAUCAGGUAUGCAACCAACUACACUGUUGACUCGACUGAGUUGUGAUCACAAACCAGUAGCAAACCAGGACUUCCAUGAGUGUGGGGUUAGCGUGUAGAGAGGUGGUGCAUGAAAAUGACCGGUUCAAACGGUGAUCUGGGACGUGUGCAUCUGGAAACAGUGGGACACUGUUGCAUGCUAUGCUUGCUCAACUUUAAAUAUGUUUAACUGCAUGAUUAGUGUCUUGAUUUUUUAUUUUUAUUUUGUGUGUGCAAAAUAACACUUGAACAAGUUUUACAUGACUUAAGUAUUACGAUGUUACUACUGAAGCAUCCUCCUUUUGGUCUGAUUUCCUCUAGCUUUAAUUUAUUGCGUUUGCAUGAUUAUGACGUGUCAAAGGUUUGUGUCAAGUGCCAUAUUUUUCAGUCAUUUGGUGUGAAACGUGCUUUAUAGGUAGACAUCAUAAGACGUUUUUAAUCAAUUGAUAUCUGUAAGUUGACACGUUCUUUGUGGAUGUGAAAAUCCGUACCUAAGUGAAUGUCUAAGAAAACAUGAUUUAUCUGUUCAGACCGCAACUCUUUAUCUCAAUCCUUUCAUUUAAAGAACGUCAUUUAGAGUGUUUUUUUAAAUCUGGGAUUUAUCGUUUCAUAUUUGAGGGGGUGUAAAUGACUUAUAGUUUUGCACCAGAGGAUUGUUUCAGCCAGCAGCUGCAGAAGUAUUUGUAACAACUGUUUUGUAAGUCACGGGGAAAGUGCACCGAAUCAAAGCAUGUCCACUAAAAGUUGUUUCUGUCACGGAUGUACAGAUGGUUUUUCUAAUGUAUCCCAUGUGUCUGACAAACUGACAGUAAGGAUCCCUACAGCGAUCAACCUUCUGAUUUAAGAGUUAGAUGCUUUCGUUUAGCACAAACAGCUGUGACAUCGAUCCUUUCAAACCACCAGACUCCCUUCACAAACCUGUGAUUCAACCUCACUGGAAGUUGCUAUUCUACUCCAAGCAGCAACCUCCGGUGUUGAAAAAUGAAGUCGAUGCUGAAGUGUACGAUCCUGCAGUUCCUCGAGUGUCCACUAGAGGCUGGCUGCAGAAGCACAGGAAGUCACAUACACACCCAUUCUAAAAAAGCCUGUUUUUACAGCAGAGAUUAACAUGUUUACAGCCUGGUUCAAAAAACCAAAUAGGUCUGAUUAGUUCAUGUCUCAAUCGGCACACAUAAAACAUGGAGAACAGCAGAGAAACAUAGAAACUGAGUUUUAGCCAAUAUACACGCUUUAUCCCACAAUUUAUCCCUUUAUCUAGAUAUCUAUUGUUAUCACAAUAUGCAAAAUGUUAUUGCACACACAUAAAAUUCACAAUAAAACCGAAGAAAGAGACGUUAUGAGAGGGAUGCUGGUGUUCAGCAAGGUGACUGUUUUUGUCCACGGAGUCUGGUGGCUUUGAAGAGAGCGACCAUAUGUGACGGCUCUCUAGAUGAAAUAAAUUUCUCGUGUCUUUGUUUGUUUCUGUAAUCUUGUCAAAAUCUUAAUCCGUCAGUGACAAAACAAAAGCUUUUAGUGGACAUAGCACGUCAUAUCUGUCUGCAUUCGCUCCUCCAUGGUGAUGGGAGAGUACCGACUCUGAAGCAGGAGCCAAAAAAAGGUUCCUCUAAACGAGUUCUAGGAACUUAAAUAGUUCAUAGUUCCUGCGGUGCGGAAUGACUUAAAAAAGGGGGAUGGUUCCAACAGUUCCUGCGGUCCGAAAACGUUGUUUCACGGCCUGUUUCACGGCCUGUUUCACGGACUGUUUCACGGCCUGUUUCACGGACUGUUUCACGGCCUGUUUUUAAUGGCUGCUGGAUGAAGCAACUCAAAAACACCGUUUACAUCCCAAAGUACGGACCCAAUCAGGCGCCGGCUAAAAGUAGCUGAACUUUCCUGACAUCACAGAAAAAACGAUUCAAAUCCAAUUCCACUUUUUAUACUAUAGGGUUGUUGAGUUUUUUUUAAGGAAUACUUAACAGGCACUUUUUACUUCUUGCUUUGUGCAAGUUUAAAACUCAUAUCAUGAUAUAGGAGAUAAUGGCUCGUCUUUUUAACGCUAAACGUAUGUAACACUAAAGACAAAUAGGACUUAGAUACAGAACAGAGCAGUUGAUCUGCAGCCUGCAAAACAUUGCUCAAGCGCAGCUUUUUUCCCUUCAAAUUAAAAGCCAGACGUUGAUAGAAUAUUUCUUUUAAGAGCGGCGGCAUUACAGGGUAUAUUUCUACAUGUGAUGCUAAGUUUGUACGUAUAUAUACGCACUGUAUAUACAGUAAACAAGUGUAUGCAAACAAUGUAAGUGUCGUAGUCUGAUGCAUUGGUAGAUGGCUGACAUGGCAUGCAUUGUGGACAGCUUACACAUUUGAUUGUGUAUAUUACACCAUAACAAUUGUGUAUCGUUGGAUGGAUCUCUUGUACAUGAUGAUGCUGUUGUAUUCUAAUGAUGGUGCAAUAUUUGAUCUCUUGUUUUGAUACUGCCGCUGCAGCUUUCUGACAUGAUGUUUCUCAGUGAGGGGAAAAAUUAACAUUGAAAGAAUUGUUUUGUACAUGUUCUGCUCUCUGGAGGUUGGGGGGGUGGGGUGGGGGGUUAAGGGGUUAUAGAUUUUAAAAAGAUAAACCCGUUAGACUGCUUUUUUCUUACCGACUCCAAAUUUCUUCCAGCGGUUCACUAGUUUGUAGUUUUGCUCCUCUGUGCUUCCAGGACGAUUCACUAAAGUAGGACGGCGUCGGUGAAAUGAGAAGAGUGGGCAGACAUGACUGUUGUUGUGUGGUUGUGUGUAUUGUGUGUGUGUUAGAGUGUGUCUACUCAAACAGUGGCAUAUUUUACCAUAUCAACAAUUGUACCCAAACCAUUGCCAAUUAAUUUAAUCAGAUGUUUUUAGGUGUUACUGACAUUAGAAGAUCAUUUCUAGCUUGGAUUCUGCCUCUUUUCUCUUUCUCUAAGUGUUCUGGUUUCCUUUGACAUUUACCUUAAAAAAAUCAUCGACUGAACAUGAGUGCACAAAUGCUCCAAAGUUUCCUAAAUUAUAAUCGAAUGUAACUGAAUUAAAAGCAGUUAUGUAAUGCCUCUAACGUCCCACCAGGGGGCGAUGUAUUACAUCUCACAUCGUUACAGUAACCGUGUCAAACUGCAUGAUUGUACAGGAGCUCAUAGGACGACAAUCAGCCGUGUAACACUGCUGUAUUCAAACAGGAAAACCAAAAAGGACAGCACUCCAAAACUGUAUUUUAUUUGCCAGAUGGACGCUUCGAGCAGACACUCUUCUUCAGGGUGUAACAGGAAGGCUUCUCAAACAUACACAGGAAGUCCAUCCCAGCAGAGGAAGUGGACUAGUACUUAUUUUGAAUGAGUACAAAAUACACUUUAGGAGUGCUGUCCUCAUUGGUUUGCUUGUUUGAAAUUUUUUUCAGGAUUCAGCACCCAGUUGUUUUACCGUUAACACGGCUGUAUUCAACACGCUCCGAUGUAAAGUUGCUCAAUGGCGUGCCAAAAUUAAUUAGCCUUCAAAUUAAAUUGCAAUCCUGGAGAGUAUUCUGCAUGCACUUACUGUCCUGCAACUCGUAGACAAAGAUUGUGUGAACAUAUUUAAACCAGAAAUUUACUAAUAGUAGACGUUUUUUCCUUCUUUAAUCCCUCCUCUUCAAACGCUGCCUUUGUAAGUUUAUUCAGUCUCAUUUCAUGUUGAAGCCUUUCUGUGAGCGUGUGCUCUAAACGCAGCCGUGUAGUUGAUGUGCUGCGCGCCGCCUUGCCCCUGCAGAGCUCACACGUGCGUUUAUUUUCACAUCAGGUCACUCUUUUUCUUCCUGAUUUUUGUGUGCGUCUGCAUUUUCUAAUCUCAGUGUGUCCAAAGUGUCUGCCGGGUUCUCUGAAUCUCAAGUCGUUUAUUUUUAUUUCUUUGCCCUCCAGACUUGUGGUGAGAGAUUGCUUGACCUUUUCCAUACAAAGUGGAAGUAGCCACCUUUUUCUCCCUUCUCCAGUGGUCUGUAAAUAAUGCUGCAAACUGCCUGGUUUCUAAAACAAACCAACAAAACCCUUGAGAGGAUCUCUUAAAAAAAAAAAAAAACUUAAAAAAAAAAAAGACAGGAUGACAUUAAGUCUUUGACAUUUUUCCCAGCGUGAUGGGAGAAAAGUGAGUUUCAUUUGUUUACAUUCUGUUUACAAUGGCACAGGUUUAAUUUGUAAGAACAUGUAGGUAGGUAUAAACAACAUUUGCAUAUUUAUUGCCUAAGGUUUAAUGACAUGAUGUGUAUUGUGUUUUCACAUUUGGAAUAUAAUGUUACAGUCGUCACCUGUAUUACUAUCUGGAUGAUUUUUUGGUAAAGUAGUUGCUCAUUUUUAUGACUACUAAGUGACUGUUUUCUGUGCCUUUUUAUGGUUAGAAUGCAUGGUUAACUAUUUAUUACGAUUUGGAGUCACUGAGAUGUGUAUUUUUGUAUUCUGAAUAAAUAAAUGGUUCAAGCUUUUUUGUUGUACAUUUUGAAGGUGCCUUAAAAUAGGUUACCGAUUCAUAUCUCUCUUCUUCAAUAAAACCAAAUACAUAUGCAGUGUG